AUGUGGGAAACCAGGAAAAGCCAGCCCGAAAAGGUUUGCUUUGUGUGUUGUGUGUUCACAGUGCCUCUCUCUCUCUCUCUCUCCCCCUCUCUCUCUCUGGCAAAUCUCACGCAGAACCGGAGAACAACCCUCUUCUCAAGGCAUUUAUCCGGCAGAGCUCGCCGGAAGUUCAGCAACAAGGCAGCUGCAAUGUGGAGUUCACGCGCUCUCUCUCCUCUGCUUACUCUGUUUAUUCUUCACUCGGUGGCAGCUCUGGUCUCUGCUCAGGGAUCUACAAGAACCUCCUGGAAGACACUAAGCGGAGAUGCACCGUUAGUCAUAGCACGUGGGGGAUUUUCAGGGAUAUUUCCUGAUUCCAGCCUAGCUGCUUACAAUUUGGCUCUAAUAACCAGCGUACCAAAUGUCAUUUCAUGGUGUGAUGUGCAAUUAACAAAAGACAGUGCUGGGAUUUGUCUUCCAGAUAUCAAACUUGACAAUGCUUCCGAUAUUUCUGGCGUUUUUCAAAAUAAAUCCACCACUUACUUAGUUAACGGUGUACCAACCCGUGGAUAUUUUUCAGUGGAUUACACAAUAAAGGAUCUAUCUCAAGUUGUUUUGAGUCAGGGAGUCUACUCUCGAACUAACAAGUUUGACGGUAAUGCAUUUCCAAUUUUUACUGUUGAGGAGUUCGUUAAACAAGUUGCCCCGCCAGUCUUGUGGUUGAACAUUCAGCAUGAUAUUUUCUACUCAAAACACAAUUUGAGUAUGAGAAAUUUCGUACUUUCUGUUUCUAGAAAAGUAAUCGUCAAGUAUAUCUCAUCACCUGAGGUUGGUUUCCUGAGAGGUAUAGCAGCACGCUUUAACCCAAACAUAACUAAACUGAUCUUCAGAUUUAUGGAACAAGAUGACACAGAACCAUCAACCAAUCAGACUUAUGGAACGCUUGGAAAAAAUCUUACAUUUAUCAAGACAUUUGCAUCUGGAAUUAUGGUUCCCAAGAUUUACAUAUGGCCUGUAGAUGCUAGUUCUUAUCUACAGCCACAGACAACUUUGGUCUUGGAUGCUCACAAAGCAGGACUAGAAGUUUUUGCAUCAGAUUUUACUAAUGACGUUCCAAUUAGCUAUAAUUACAGUUAUGAUCCUCUUGCUGAGUACCUCCAGUUCAUUGAUAAUGGUGACUUCUCUGUUGAUGGUGUGCUGUCUGACUUUCCUAUAACUCCAUCUGAAGCUGUAGGUUGCUUUGCUCACCUAAGUGCAAAUGCUGCGAAAACAGUUAACAUUUCGGUUAUCUCAAAAUAUGGGGCAAGCGGAGACUAUCCUCCCUGUACUGACAUGGCAUACAACAAGGCCAUAUCAGAUGGUGUGGAUGUUCUUGAUUGUCCUGUUCAAUUGUCACAAGAUGGAGUACCAUUUUGCCUAAGCUCCAUAGAUCUCAUAGAGAGCUCAACAGUUGCUCAAUCAAGUUUCAGCAGACUUGCCACAUCUAUUCCUGAGAUCAAGUCUGGCAGUGGCAUAUUUUCAUUCAGUUUGAAAUCAGCUGACAUUAGUACCUUGACCCCCUCAAUAUUGAAUCCAUAUGCAAAAUACACAUUGUUCAGGAGUCCAAAAUCUAAGAACGUUGGGAAGUUUAUGAAAUUAUCAGAUUUCUUGUCCUUGGCAAAAAAUCAGACUUCUCUGUCUGGUGUCUUGAUCACUGUUGAGCAUGCAGCCUAUCUUGCAGAGAAGGUAGGACUGAAUGUGAUUAAUGCAGUCCUUACUGCUUUGAACAAAGCUGGUUAUGACAAGUCAGGGGCACAAAAAGUUUUGAUUCAGUCCUCUGAUAGCUCUGUACUAAAAGAAUUCAAGGGUAAACCCAAUUACGAGCUUGUCUAUAACAUUGUUGAGAAGGUUGGUGAUGCUGAAAAUGCAGUUGUUGAAGAGAUCAAGGGCUUUGCAGAUUCUGUAGUUGUUGCAAAGUCAUCUGUGUUCCCCGAGAACUCUGCCUUCCUGAUUGGAUCUACCAAAAUUGUGCCAAAGCUGAAAUCUUCUAACCUCUCUGUCUAUGUAGAUCAUUUUGAAAAUGAGUUUGUAUCACAGGCCUGGGAUUUCUUCUCUGAUGCAACAGUGGAGAUCAACUCAUUUGUUCAGGGAGCUCCUAUUGAUGGUGUCAUCACAGGCUUCCCAAAGACAGCUAAUAGAUACAGAAGGAAUCCUUGUUUGGUAGCUAAAACUACACCUGCUUACAUGCAACCUGUUAAACCAGGUGAUCUUAUACAACUUGUUACCAAAGAAUACCUGCCACCUGCUGCGGCUCCUCUCCCAGCCCUGACAGAAUCUGAAGUGUCGGAAGCGCCUUUUCCUCCCAUUUCAAAUUCAAAUACAACGGCCAACAGUCCUGCCCCUGCCUCUGGAACAGGAGCAUCUCCGCCCGGCAGUGCACAGGCGAAGGUCAACAUCUGCUUCUUUUUGUCCACUCUAGCUGUGCUUGUAUCUUUCCUUCUGCUCCUUUGAGUCAUAAGGUCUCUGAACAGCCUAAGAGAAAGCCCCAAGGGAAAGCAGAGAGAAAGAAAAUGUCGUUCACACUUGUUUUGGUUCUGCAUUGAGUAGCCUGAAGUUCUGCUUCAGACUGCAUUAACAUUCCAAGUCUCUUUCCUUCACAUAAGUAAAUUCUUUCCCGUGAUUGUUGUAGCUAGGUCUGUUCAUUGUUCAUCCUACCUCUUGUGUAUGAACACAAUUUGUGUAUUCUUUUUAGAUGAGCUUUUUGUAUCAUUUGUUGUGAGAUACUUUGUAUUUAUUUGUGUGUGAAUCUGAUGAGAUAAACGUGUGAAAUUUUUUA